AUCAUCGUUACGCAUCAAAUCCUCUCAAUAUUUCCGUUUCAAACAGGUCUAAGAUUCAAGUGGUGAGGGAAUAAUCAACAUGUGCUCAACGGCUGCCCCUUUCAGCUUCUUGCAUCUGGAGGAUGGUGUUGAGGCCCCACGUUUAUUGAGUUCUUGCGGCUCGCGACUGAAGAAAUGCUGUGUUGUUGAUUUACAUUUAAGUGAACCGAACAGUCUUCAGUCGACUAGGCCUGUGAGCUGUCCAGACCCACAGCCAUCUACUGGCGAUGAUUGGUACUGUUGUACGUGUGGUGAUGGACCGCAUCUGACAAAUCUUGGACACAUAUGUCACCUUUGCGGACACGUUAGAUGUAGUUCAUGUUCGGUGGAGCAAAAAUGACGACUCUAUACCAUAACAUACCCAGAAAUGGAC